ACUGCACCUCCUCUGCUGAUAGAGAGCGCACCCGUGACGCUACACGUCCCCCGAGGCACCCCCACUCCAACCCCACCGCCACCAGCACCGCCCGCUUCGCAGUUCGCACCACUCCAAUCACCGCCGGCCCGGCCCGGUCCGGCCCCCAGAUCUGGUACGUGCUGGCCCUCGAAUUGGCGCGCUCGAUCCGGCCUCGUGCUGGAGAUAUGCCAGAGUCGAGCUCGCAUCUGGGAGAUUCCACCAAGGCGAGAUCGAUCCUAGUCGCGAAUCGCGGCCACCACGAUGCAGGCGCGGGUGGCGUCCAUGGAGGACGUGAAGGAGGCGAGGCAGGCGGCGGGGGCGCAGGGGCAGGGCAGGGUGUUCCCGUCGGGGAUGCUCAAGGUGUUACUGGGGUUUCUCCUGCUCGGCGUUGGGCUGUCCGCGGUCGGCAUGUACAUGGCGCGGCACGCGGUGGCGGCGGCCGCGCCCGCGUUCUUCCGGCCGUGCCUGGGGGCCGCCGCUGCGGACGAGGAGCCCGAGGGGCUGGAGCGGUGGACCCGCCCCCCCGCGCGUGUGCGGCACGCAAUGACGGACGAGGAGCUGCUCUGGCGCGCGUCGUUUGCCCCGCGGGUGCCCGGGUACCCAUUCCAGCGCGUGCCCAAGGUGGCCUUCAUGUUCCUCACGCGAGGCCCGCUGCCGCUUGCGCCGCUCUGGGAGCGCUUCUUCAGCGGGCACGAGGGGCGUUACUCCAUCUACGUGCACGUGCUACCCUCCUACCGCGCCAACUUCACCUCUGGCUCCGUCUUCUACCAACGCCAAAUCCCCAGUAAGGUCGCAGAAUGGGGUCAGAUGACCAUGUGUGAUGCUGAGAGACGUCUACUUGCCAACGCUUUGCUGGAUAUAUCCAACGAAUGGUUUGUGCUUGUGUCUGAGUCAUGCAUUCCUAUAUUUGAUUUCAACACAACAUACCGAUACUUCCAGAAUUCGAGCCAAAACUUCCUCAUGGCGUUUGAUGAUCCUGGACCAUAUGGACGGGGGCGGUACAACUGGAACAUGACCCCUGAGGUUGAGCUCACACAAUGGCGCAAAGGCUCGCAAUGGUUUGAAGUAGACAGAGAACUUGCCAUUGAAAUCGUCAAGGACACGAUCUACUACCCAAAAUUCAAGGAGUUCUGCAGGCCUCAUUGUUAUGUUGAUGAGCACUAUUUCCCUACAAUGCUCACGAUUGAAGCUCCGCACAGCCUGGCUAACAGGAGUGUUACCUGGGUGGAUUGGUCAAGAGGCGGUGCGCAUCCAGCCACUUUUGGUAGGGGUGAUAUCACGGAGGAAUUCUUGAGGAGAGUUCGGGAAGGACGAACUUGUCUAUACAACAACCAGAACUCGACUAUGUGCUUCUUGUUUGCUCGGAAAUUUUCUCCAAGUGCAUUGGAGCCAUUGUUAGAGCUAGCGCCCACUGUGCUCGGUUUUGGUUGAUGUUUGCUUUAACAGGUGCCGUCAGUAAUUUUGAUAUUAGAUCUGUGUAGGAUUACAUGCGGGGAGAUGUGGGCUUAUCUUGAUGGAUGAGAACAUACACGGUGCCCGCCCCUCCAUUUGAUUAUUAUACAAAAACUUGAAUUGCUUUGUACAGUGAACUUGACAAUGGUCACAAGAGAUUUCCUCUUGGAUUAUUACCCUGUACUCCCUUC